CGAACCUUCCAACACCGCGCCCACAUCCCAAAUCACGCGUCCCUUCCUCUCCACGCCGCCGCGAACGCGAUGCCGCCGGCCAACGCACCGGCGAGCUCCACCCCCGUACACGCAUCCCGCGUGCGGGUCCUCCACCCGGGAGGGGGCCGUACGACGGGGCCAGUGGUGUACUGGAUGCUGCGGGACCAGCGUCUGGCGGACAACUGGGCCCUCCUCCACGCGGCCGGCCUCGCCGCUGCGUCCGCCCCCGCGGCUCCGGUCGCCAUCGCAUUCGCUCUAUUCCCACGCCCCUUCCUCCUCGGCGCGCGCCGCCGCCAGCUGGGGUUCCUCCUCCGUGGCCUCCGGCGCCUCGCCGCCGACGCGCGCGCCCGCAGCCUCCCGUUCUUUCUCCUCGAGGGCGGGCCUGCGGAAGUGCCGGCGCUGGUGCGGCGGCUCGGAGCAUCUGCUCUCGUCGCCGACUUCUCGCCGCUGAGGCCAGUGCGUGAGGCACUGGAAGCCGUCGUCGGUGAGCUGCGGCGCGACGUCGCCGACAUGGCCGUGCACCAGGUGGACGCACAUAACGUGGUACCCGUCUGGGCGGCGUCGGGGAAGCUGGAGUACUCGGCCAAAACCUUCAGAGGCAAGGUGAGCAAGGUGAUGGACGAGUACCUGCUGGAGUACCCCGAGUUGCCGGCGCUGAUGCCAUGGGAUGGGGAGCAACCUGUGGAUGUUGACUGGGACACGCUGAUCUACAGGAUUUGCAGUGAGGCAGAGAAUGUGCCGGAGAUUGAUUGGUGCAAGCCAGGGGAGGCUGCAGCAAUGGAGGUGCUUCUUGGGAGUAAGGAUGGGUUCUUGACGAAGAGGAUCAAGAACUAUGACAUGGGCCGGAAUGAUCCUACAAAGCCACGUGCAUUGUCGUGCCUUUCCCCGUACUUGCACUUUGGGCACAUUUCAGCACAGCGGUGUGCUCUGGAGGCAAAAAAACGCCGCCAUCUUAGUCCAAAGUCUGUGGAUGCAUUCUUGGAGGAACUGAUAAUAAGGAAGGAACUAGCUGACAACUUCUGCUAUUACCAGCCUCACUAUGAUUCACUGGCUGGUGCAUGGGAGUGGGCUAGAAAAACAUUGAUGGAUCACGCUGCUGAUAAAAGAGAGCAUAUAUAUACGAGGGAGCAGCUUGAGAAUGCAAAAACAUCUGAUCCUCUGUGGAAUGCAUCACAGUUGGAGAUGGUGCACCUUGGAAAAAUGCAUGGAUUUAUGCGAAUGUAUUGGGCUAAAAAGAUUCUAGAAUGGACAAGUGGACCUGAAGAAGCACUUUCGGUAGCAAUAUAUUUGAAUGACAAGUAUCAUAUAGAUGGCAGGGACCCCAACGGCUAUGUUGGUUGCAUGUGGUCUAUAUGUGGCCUCCAUGAUCAGGGUUGGAAGGAGCGGCCAGUAUUUGGAAAGAUACGUUACAUGAAUUAUGCUGGUUGCAAAAGAAAAUUUGACGUCGAUGCUUACAUUUUGUAUGUUAAAAGAUUGGUUGCUCAGGCCAAGAAGAGGAAAGCUGAGGAAGCUCGGGAUACAGUGUCAAAGCAUCCAAAGUCUCGGGCGAUUCAGCAGUUGAACAUGUCUAAAACUUUGAUAUAAUUCAAAUUUGGGGCUAGUGAUUGACAUGGCAAACGAAAGAAUUGCUAAGUAGCAAUGGACAUUUUGCAAAGGUUUAUACUCACUGAUAUUCUCAUGAUUUCUGAUCAUUGAACUUAAUUAACAUUAACUGAGAUUGGCCGAAUUCAAGUGUAUUCAUUAAUGUUAAUGCUGUACUGGUUUGAGUGUUAACUAUCAUUGUACUUUUGGACAAUAAGUGACACUACUAACUUGGGACUCAGUUACAUACUUA